CGCGCCCCGCCCCCUUCCUCCAAAGUCGCGGCUGCGGCUGCCGCGGCCCUCCAGAGGGCAAUGCGGCGGAGGAGACGGGGCAGGCCCCACCUCCUUUGUCCGCCCUGCCCUCCCAUUGGCCAGAGCGGAGGGCAGGAGGCGGAAACCAGCCCGGGGGCGGAGACCCGCCCGGGAGUUGAGCGGUGCGGCUCACGCCGAAGGAAGGCGGUGUGCAAGCAGUCUAGCCGGUGCGCGGCUAGACGGUCAAGUUCAAGCUGCCAGUCCCGGGCGCCCAAGUGCCAUGGACGGCCUGCGCCAGCGCUUCGAGCGCUUUCUGGAACAGAGGAACUUGGCCACCGAAGCGCUAGGGGCGCUAGAAGCCAAGACAGGUGUCGACAAGCGGUACUUGGCCACGGGAGCCGCCACUCUGCUAAGCCUGUAUCUUCUGUUCGGGUACGGGGCUCCUCUGCUGUGCAGUCUCAUCGGCUUUGCAUACCCCGCAUAUGCUUCGAUCAAAGCUAUCGAGAGCCCAAACAAAGAGGACGACACUGUGUGGCUCACAUACUGGGUGGUGUACGGCCUGUUCGGGCUAGCCGAAUUCUUCAGCGAUCUACUCCUGUCCUGGUUCCCUUUCUACUACGCGGGCAAGUGCGCCUUCCUGUUGUUCUGCAUGGCUCCAGGCCCCUGGAACGGGGCUCAUAUGCUGUACCAUCGCAUCAUACGUCCUCUGUUUCUAAAGCAUCACGAGGCCGUGGACAGCAUCGUGAGCGACAUCAGCGGGCGGGCCCUGGACGUGGCAGCCGGAAUGACGAAGGACGGGAAAGUAAGCGUGACCCAGCUUCAGAAGGCCGAGUAAAACCCCCAGCCAGCCCGAACGCGGACGCACCGGACCGUGAGACAGAGGAUGUGCCACAGCACAAGUCGUCUGCGGAUUCCUCCGCCGACUCACCAGCAGAGCCCACCACCAGCCCCUCGUUCGCCACAAAGCCCGCCCUCAGGAGUUCUACCAGCCUGGGCCAGGCCCAGGCCCAGGCCGCAGCUGCCACCACGGCCACUGGCAUGCAGCCGCCUGGCAAGCACCGGGGUGGGCUCCGAUCUCAAGCCAACUCUUUCAGCCAGACCCAGGACCCCAGGCAGCAGCGUGCCCGACCCUCCACCACUUCCUCAGGCCCUUCCCAAGGGCCCUCAGGCUCCACACCUCGGCCCAGCACCACCUCCAGCCAGGGCCCUGCCCUUGGGCAGUCUCCCAGUGGCACCACCACCC